AUGGCUGGCUCUGGCAGCAAUAAACGCUCUGCAGAUGUUAGCGUUAUCGGAGAAGAUAGCGAUUUACUUAGUAUCAAGCCGUUAGGUGCUGGCCAAGAAGUUGGUCGAUCAUGCCAUAUUAUUCAAUAUAAAAAUAAAACCAUUAUGCUCGACUGUGGUAUACAUCCAGGAAGACAUGGUGUUGAAGCUUUGCCAUAUACCGAUAUCAUAGCCGAAGAUCAAAUCGACUUACUACUCAUUAGCCACUUUCACUUAGAUCACUGUGGAGCUUUACCUUGGUUUUUAGAGAGAACAUCUUUCAAAGGUCGGGUAUUUAUGACUCAUGCCACAAAAGCAAUCUACAGAUGGUUGCUAGCGGAUUAUGUUAAAGUCAGCAAUAUAUCCACGGAUCAAAUGUUAUACACUGAAAAAGAUUUAGAAAAGAGUAUGACAAAAAUUGAAACUAUCCAUUUCCAUCAGGAAAAAGAAGUCAAUGGUAUUAAAUUUUGGUGUUACAAUGCUGGCCAUGUACUAGGUGCCGCUAUGUUUAUGAUUGAAAUUGCCGGCGUGAAGAUAUUAUAUACUGGCGAUUUUUCGCGCCAAGAAGACAGACAUUUAAUGGCUGCGGAAAUUCCAUCUGUUAAACCUGAUGUACUUAUUAUAGAAUCUACUUAUGGAGUUCAUAUUCACGAGAAGCGAGAAAUUCGCGAAAAACGUUUUACAAGUACCGUCCAUGAUAUCGUCAAUCGUGGAGGAAGAUGUUUGAUUCCUGUAUUCGCUUUAGGACGUGCCCAGGAAUUACUAUUAAUCUUGGAUGAAUAUUGGAGCAAUCAUACAGAAUUGCACGACAUUCCUAUUUAUUAUGCUUCAUCACUAGCUAAGAAAUGUAUGGCAGUAUAUCAAACUUACGUCAGUGCGAUGAACGACAAAAUUCGUAAUCAGAUUGCUAUUAGUAAUCCAUUCAUCUUUAAGCACAUUUCUAAUCUAAAGGGAAUCGACCAUUUCGACGAUAUUGGACCAUGUGUAGUUAUGGCUAGUCCUGGUAUGAUGCAGAGUGGAUUAUCACGUGAACUCUUCGAGAAAUGGUGUACAGAUUCGAAAAAUGGCGUAGUAAUUGCAGGAUAUUGUGUCGAAGGUACACUAGCGAAAGAGGUGAUGUCAGAACCAGAAGAAGUUCUUAGCAUGUCUGGACAAAAAUUAGCCAGAAAAUUAUCGGUUGAUUAUAUUUCAUUCUCUGCUCAUACUGAUUAUGAACAAACUAGCGAAUUCAUUCGCAUGCUAAUGCCACCCCAUAUUAUUCUUGUUCAUGGCGAACAAAACGAAAUGAUGAGGCUUAAAACUGCUUUGGUAAGAGAAUAUCAAGAAAAUCCUGAAAUAAGCAUAACAGUUCAUACACCUAGAAAUUGUGAAGAGGUACAACUGUACUUUCGUGGUGAGAAAAUGGCAAAAGUGAUGGGGAGCCUGGCUGUCGAAAAAUUUCAAGACGAACAGCAGUUAUCCGGAGUUUUAAUAAAGCGCGGUUUUAGCUACCAUAUCGUUGAUCCUUCAGAUCUUUCGGCUUAUACUAAUUUGAAAACAAGUACUGUUAUGCAAAGGCAAAUUCUACCGUUCUCUUUACCGUUCAAUGUUCUACAUACAGCUCUAACUCAAUUAACGCCGAAUGUUAAACAAUUUGCGAUCCAAAAUAAAAGUGCUUUAAAGGUAUUUGAUUCAGUUGUAAUAGCUGAAGAAGAUAAUGCUGUAGUCGUUGAGUGGACAGCUUCAAAUGGGGACGAUAUGUAUGCAGAUGCUGUUGUCACAGUUAUUUUACAAAUUGAUUCUAGUUCCGCAGCAUUAGAAAGUGAGUCUAUUAUUGAAAAGCUAUACUUGGCAGAUUUUAAAAUUUGUUCUUGUAUAUAUAUAAUAAUUACUUUAAUACGUUGUAGCUGUUAA